AUGGUGGUCCUGAGCUGUGCACACUUCGGAUUUAGCAAAACUUCAGAAACUGACCUCGCCUAUAACCCCGAGUACGUGGCAGGGCUGAGGAAGCUCUGGGAGAACUACAUGAAGGACCCUACCAUGGCGGCUUACAGCGACGUGCUAACUCCGAUGAAGUUCGACAAAAUGUAUUUCAACGGGCUGAUGGCUACUGACACUGCCCUUUUCAUUGAUCCCAGGACUAAGCCCUUCGUUGACACCUACAUCGAUGAUGAAGGCGACUUCUUUCAGGACUUCGCUCGUGCCAUCGAAAAGCUCAAAGCUUGGACGUUAAAACUCGAACAACGUGCUUGA